ACUAAUGAACGAAAGAUGAAAGCAAAGGAUACACAACAACAACAACAAUCAACAUCAUCGACAGCAUCGACAUCAACGGCAUCAUCAACCAAAACAUGUACAUUUACUAGCUUCCUUUGGAUCAUAUUAGUGGCGGUCAUACUGCGACUAGUACUCUAUUAUCAAGGCUUCCACAAUGUACUCUCACAGAGGAAUGAGAUCAGCACACCUCUUACAGGCUUCAAACGAUUGACUGAAGGAUUGCAUCUACAUACACUUGGAUUGUCACCUUAUGCAGGUUCGGCAUACCAUCAGGCACCUCUGUUAUUGCUGGCUUUCAUGCCACUGCAUGGUCUACAUAUCAUAGCAUCGCAGUUGAUGUUUGUAUUGGUCGAUGUGAUCAUUGCCUAUCUGCUACGGCGCAUCACUGUGCUGGCGGGCAGUGUAUUGCCUCAAGAGAUGGGUGGCGACCCUAAGCUGGCACAAUCAAACUUCCCCAAUGUUGUGGCUGCCAUCUACCUCUUCAACCCAUUCACUCUAUUCACCUCUGUUGGCAUGAGCACCAUCGUCUUUAACAACCUCUCUAUAAUCGCCUCUCUAUACUUUGCCUUGUCUGGCAACAUGUUCUUGUCGUUGUUCUCUGUGGCCUCUGCGGUCUACAUCUCAAUCUAUCCAAUCAUGUUGAUAUUCCCCGUGUCAUAUAUACUCAAGCGUACGACAGCAAGCAAGUCUAGCGUGGUCUUUGCAAUCAAGACCGUCUUGCUCUUUAUCUUCUCUCUUGGCUCCCUCCUCUACAUAUCCUUCACACUCCUCAACUCUUGGGAGUUCAUUGAGAAGUGCUACUGGUUCACAUUCCUCGUUGAGGACCUCACGCCCAAUAUUGGUCUGUUCUGGUACUACUUUAUCGAGGUGUUUGAACACUUUAGGAACUUCUUCCUGUUCAUCUUCCAGUAUCAUGUGUUCAUCUACACGAUACCAUUGGCCAUCAGACUGAAGAACCAUCCUUUGUUCUACUUCUGGACAUUGUGCGCCAUUAUCGCCACGUUCAAAUCCUAUCCGGCAAUGGGCGACACUUCGCUCCACUUGGCGCUGCUGCCCCUGCUGUACGAGCCACUCAAGGGCGUGCGAUACUCAUUCAUCAUUGUCGUGGUUGGAAUCUACGUAACGGUGCUGGCACCCAUUCUCUGGCAGAUGUGGAUCUACCAAGGAACGGGCAAUGCCAACUUCUACUACACCAUCAACCUAGUAUUCACUCUGGCUCAAGUGUUGCUCAUUGUCGACUCAUUCUCCGUGUUGUUAAAGUUGGACUAUAUCAAGAAGAUUAACUCUAGACAGCAGCAACAGCCACAGCAAGAGGGUGGCAACAGCAGCAGCGGCGGCGGUAAAGGAAUAAAGCAA